ACAGUCCGAUCAAAAUGGCGACGGCAGAGCCAAGAAGUAUUUUGCACCGGAGACCGGGAAAAUCCAAUGUUCUGGAGUGCGGAGUGUGCGAGGAUGUGUUCGGUCUCCAGGGCGACAAGGUGCCACGCCUCCUGCUGUGCGGCCACACCCUCUGCCACGACUGUCUCACGCGGCUGCCUCUACACGGGCGCGCCAUACGCUGUCCCUUCGACAGGCAGAUGACUGAGAUUGGUGACUCAGGUGUGUGGGGGUUAAAGAAGAACUUUGCCCUGCUGGAGCUGCUUGAAAGACUGCAGUUUGGGCGGGAGUCACCGGGGGCGCUGCUGUGUGAAGUCAGCAUGGACACUGAGAAAGAGACCACGAUUCGGUGUGACGAAAACGAAGACCACCUAGCAACCAUCUACUGUACAGUCUGCAGUACCAACCUGUGUGCAGAGUGCGCCCAGUCCACCCACAACACACGCACGCUCGCCAAGCACAAGCUCGUACCGCUGCACGAGAAACCUCGCGAGAAACCGAUGUGUCCGCUGCACCAGACUCACGCCAUCGAGUUUGUGUGUUUGGAGGAGAGCUGUCUGUGCAACCCUCUCAUGUGUUAUGUGUGUAAGGACUACGGGAAACACCAAGGGCACAAGCACACCCUUAUUGAGAACGAUGCGGAGCAGGUUCGGAUCUCCAUCAUCGACACCCUGCAGCAUGUGAAAGGCUUCCUGGACGGGGUGUCGGACAGCGCCCGUCGCCUUGGCAACGCCAUCCAGCAGAUGGAAGGGUGCUCACGGACCGUGGAGAACGAACAUGGCUUCACGCACACGGAGCAGAUCCACGGGACGGCAGAAGAAGCUCGCGUCCGCGUCCGCCGCUACUUCCAGGAGCUUCACGAGACGCUGCAUCGCCAGGAGAACGUUGCUCUGAGCGUGGUCGACACGCACGUACGCGAGAAACUCUGCUCGCUGAAACAGCAACAGGAAGACAUGGCCGUGGUGGUGUCUCAGGUCACGACCAUCUGUCUGGAGUGUGAGAAGAUGCUACAACAGGAUGACCACAAGGUCCUGCUGGCCAAGCAGGAGAUCCGCAGCCUGUUGGACACGGUCAGGAAACAGCAGCAGCAGUUCUCAGACCUGCCUGAGCAGCUGCACAUGGACCCUGGUAUCCCUCUUACAUUCACUAAGGAUAACCGAGUUCACAUCGGGCCUAAGAUGGAGAUGCGGGUCGUGACGCUGGGUCUGGAUGAGUCUGGCAAGACGGCGAUCCUCUUCAAACUGAAGCAGGACGAGUUCAUGCAGACCAUCCCCACAAUUGGCUUUAAUGUGGAAACAGUGGAGUACAAGAACCUGAAGUUCACCAUCUGGGACGUUGGUGGAAAACCUAAACUCCGCCCGCUGUGGAAACAUUACUACCUCAACACACAGGCUGUGAUAUUUGUGGUGGACAGUGCCGACUGUGCACGGAUAGACGAAACUUAUGAUGAACUGUCCAAACUGCUGGCUGAGAAGGAGCUGAGAGAAGCUGUGCUGCUGGUCUUCGCCAACAAACAGGACUUGCCGAAUGCCCUUCCUAUAGAGGAGAUCACAGACAGACUCAGCCUACACAAACUGUGCUGUGGGCGCUCGUGGCACAUCCAGGCCUGCGACGCUCGGACAGGGAUGGGGCUUCACGACGGGCUGGACUGGCUAUCACACCAACUGGUCGCUGCAGGGGUGCUAGACAUUUCUUAGGUCUUUCUG